UGUGCUAAACAGUAAAAAUGAAGUCUCUUGUCAGUUACUUGAUGCAUCUUAGUGCGCUACUGGUUGUUGUACGGUGUGAAUUCUCUAGUAAGGAUUACGUCGAAAAUCAUUUGUAUGAUAGUGCUGAAAACGAUUACUUUUCAGAUGAGGACGACAGUAUAGUCUUUCCAUCUGAUCCAGAGGAUAAUCAGAAUACUUUGGUGCUGUUGAAUGUGCUCUUUAGGCAUGGUAAUAGAACUGCUGAUAGCCAAGCCGAGCUUUAUCCUAAUGAUCCUUACUUGAAUGAAACAUAUUUUCCCUAUGGCCUUGGACAACUAACAAAUGCCGGAAAAAAGAGGGAAUUUUCUAUUGGUACUGCUCUCCGGAAGAGAUACAACAACUUCUUGGGCGAAUAUUAUUACCCUCAAGUAGUAGAAGCACUAAGCACAGAUUAUAACAGAACUAAGAUGUCCCUACAACUAGUUUUGGCUGGGCUCUUUCCGCCAAGAAAGGAAGAUAUGUUGCAACCCAACAUUUACUGGCAACCUGUCCCAUACAACUAUGUCCCGCGAUCACAAGACAAACUUCUGAUCGGCGUACAAUGUCCACGUUACACGCAAAUUUACGAAAAAUACAGCUCUUCACCGAAGAUGCAGGCCACAUUCAAAAAAUUUAAGAAGCAAUUCGACUACAUCUCGAGGAACAGUGGUCUAAACGUCACUAGUUUCCUUGAUGUGUACCAGCUAUACUUCGGACUUUCUACGGAAAGUGAAUACGGGUUUAUUCUUCCAGCCUGGACGAAUGCAGUAUGGCCAGAUACCAUCGUAAAUUUGGCCAUCAAGGAAUACUACGUCUCCAUGGCCACUACGGAUAUGAGAAGAAUGGCAGCUGGAUAUUUGCUCAAGAAAAUAGUAGAAGACGCCAAGAGAAAGAUUGUUGAUGGCAACCGCCUGGGAAGAAAGAUUCACUUGUACUCAGCUCAUGAGAACAACGUGGCCGAACUCCUUAUAUCUCUGGGUGUUUUCAAACCUCAUGUUCCAAAUUACGGAGCAUACGCCGUCAUCGAACUCCAUAAGAUUAGUAAUCAGUAUAAAAUUAAAAUUGUUUAUGAAAAUUAUGAUGGCUACGGGCCGGAAGUGCUCAAAAUGCCUGGCUGUGAUACUCUGUGUCCUCUGGAUCGGUUUGUGUCGUUGAUAAAGGAGUAUUUUCCUUCUGACAGUUUGUGUGGAAAUUGAUUCAUUUGUGAUAUACUUAGACAUGUACAAUAACUGUAGAUAGUCAAUUGCUUUUAUUUAUUAAUUUAUUUAUUUUUAUUUAUUUCCAGCAGGUAGUCUGUAGUUAGGAUUUUU